AUGUUCGGUCACGUGGCGCCUCAAAUUUUGGACUGCUGUUUCCUUUCCACUCAACUGGAACUCGGAACGUUUACCCAGCGUUUACCUCUACAGUUCAGAUGUGGUCGCCGCGUACCUGCUUGCAUCACACAUUUCCCUUCUUUGCGAAGCAGCGUAUCAAACAUCGCUCUUAUUGCAUCUCAUCCUCGAACAUCUUCUCGGAAGUCCCAAACAAUACUGUCUCCACGAUCAAAUUCGAGCCAUGUCGUAGUUCCCGUAACGGGCGUGCUCUCUAGAAUUCCCCCCAAACCCCAUAACAUGCGGCCGGCACCAAGCAUUUUGGCGCGGUUUAAAACUGCGCGAAGGAAAGGCGAGCUUGCCACCUUUCCCGCGGAAUGUUGGCUGGAUGUCCUGAAUGAGGCCUUGGAGAUUAGGUCACAUCAAAUGGUGGACCACCUCGUCAGCGAGAUAGACUCCCAUCCCGGAGAUGAGUCGGAACGAAGGAAUCUUCUCUGGACUAUUGUACGUGACGGGAGGCUCAAAAUUAUAGAAAAAGAAUCCAUGCGAUCAUUGCUUGAAUAUCUCGACCGGACGCCCGGCGACAUCGAAGGCUCUUCUCCAGAAGCUUUCGAUAAACUAUUGACAUGGGCUCGCAAUAAUACAUAUGAAUUAGGGCACGGGAAUACGUUUUAUCAUAUUAUGCGAUUAUUGCUCCCCUUCCUACAACAACUCCAGCUCCCCCGAGACUUCGUCAUACCAUAUACCCCCCCUCCAGUUAUCCAAUCUACAAUUGCUUUUCUCCAGUGGAUCUUGCAACAAUCUGAACUGCAGGAGAGCGCACUGGAGAUUUUUGGUGCCUUGGUGAAUUCAGGCUAUAUCCCAGCAGAAACACUACCCGAGGACAAUGGAUCCCUCACUUUUGAUUCUGUUGUAUUCCCAGCGUUGACGAGAACAUGCCUCCACUGGGGGUGGUCGCCCCUCGCUUCCAGCUAUCUUCUUGGCUUCAUGGAGCGGGAGAAUGCGCCUACCAGCCUUUGUGCCAUCCUCGCUGCAGAAACCCUUCGCUCGCUAUUAGAGGAUGCAACCCCCGCGGAGCUUGACAUUUGUGGUCGUCUGAUCCGUUCAACGGACCCCACGUACCCGAUUCCAGACCCCCUGGUGUCUCAAAUCUAUCGCUGUGCUAGGGAGGUGGCUCACGGGGAGGUCGCGGAGAUACUCUAUGCUUACUCUAGACAGCCCGAAGUUAUGCGGGUUCACCGUUAUCCACCACCUCAAGGACUAGACCUGUCGUGGCUCGUGCACUACCUCACAAAGCGUAGCAAAAGCGUUCAUUUGUGCAAACGAUUAGCUAGAGAAGUCGUCGAAUUGGACUUGUCAUUCCCUACUCAGUAUGUCGCCCGGUUCAUUGCUACCAUCGCCGAAUUUGGACAUUCGACCUUAGCUCGGGCGCUCUGGGAGAAAUUCGCGGCCUCCGAAGACGGCAGUGCUGUCGUUGGUGACCCCGGUUUAUUGAUCGCAAUGAGCAGGCUCUUCCUCUCUCAAGUGAAGCGUGUCGAGAGCGACAUUGCUCAACGCGACAGAGACCAUCCGGCUCAGGGAAAAAUACGUUUGCAGACAAAACUGGAUGACUUCUUAGCCUUCUUGGAUCGCCUCUUACAGGAAUUUCGCGCUCACCAUGAACCCUUGGCUGAAGCAGAACAUCACAUCCUGACGACUCUCGCCCGGGCUUGCUUUAUCCAUGGAAAAUUUGUGGACGGAUUCGCCGCUUUUCAAUGUCUUUUGGACCGACAAGAAGUUCCUGAUCGUUACGACGUCAACGUGGCGUUGACUGCUAUUGCUGAGCAUCACCCCAGAGUGGCUUCUCAAUUUGUGGAUUUUAUGGUAAAACGCAAAAUUCAACCCGACGAUUCCACUUAUUGCACUAUAAUGAAUGCGGCUCUGGAACACAAGGACUUCAACCUCGUUGAUGAGAUGGCAAAUAAUGUUUUGACUAUGCAGGAAGACCGCGAAAUCAACAUCAAGUCGAUGAUGGUAUUGAUCAACGCGACCGCCACUCCUCGUCCAGGUGAGGAGUUGUCAGAACAAAGGUCGCGACUUCGGAAAACGAUGAAGCUCGUACAAUCUUGGAUGGAAAACCAUCCCAUGCCAUCGAUGCAGGUCGGAAAAGCACUUGUCCUUGCUUCUCUUAGGGCAGGCGAUUCCGAGAUGGCCUUCAGGUUCUGGAAAACGUUGCUGAGGGACAGCACUGAGUGGAAUGACGGAGAUCAAAUCCACUUGCGAGCUCUCCUGGCGAAGAAGAUCAGCAAGGAUUACCAUUCAGGCUCUGUCAGAAAGGAACUCGGCCGCUCAAGCCUUACGCAACUCCGUUUUCCGCCAGAGCCAUUCUCAUCCAUGUCAUCCAGUGUUGGUGACCCCACAGAUGAUCACCGUCUCUCUUUGGGAUAG